CAGACGUACAUCGAAGUGGAAACUCCCAAUCGAAAGCAUGAGCGACAAGGUGCCCCCACAGCUGGAUUUCCGGUUAUACACUACGGGCAGCAGCCAAGAACGAGAACGAUUCUGUCAGGAGCUUCAGACCGCACUGCAGCGCUGGGGUUUUGUUAGUCUAUUCAACUAUGGUAUCUCACCGCAUGAGAUACACGAAGUCUUCGACUACAGCCGCCGAUUCUUCUCUUUGACAGAAGCGGAGAAACUUACAGCACCUCAUCCUCCCGUGCCAAAUCCGCACCGAGGAUACAGCUUUGUUGGCCAGGAGUUCACAUCUGGUCUCAGUCGUACACGGGAAUUGGAGGCGCGUCAAGGUCGCCGCUUGAAAGAUUUGAAAGAGACCUUUGAUUGGGGCUCGAUCCACGAUUCACUCUACCCAAGUGUGUGGCCAGACGCAAAUCUGGUGCCAGGGUUUCGCGAGGUGUUGGAGAGGCACUUCGCGCAAGCACAUGAACUCCAUCUGAGUGUUCUACGCGCUCUUGCCGAGUGUAUCGACGCUCCACCGGAAACAUUCCUGGGAGCGCAUCAGCAUAAUGACAGCGAAGCGCGACUCGCUCACUAUCCUCCCGUCGCUGCCGGUGAUCUCGGUGGUGCGAACGGAACCAGCAGGAUCUGUGAGCACACCGAUUCGGGCUCUGUGACUCUUCUCUGGCAGGACGAUGUGGGUGGUCUGGAGAUUGAGGACCCUGUCACGCGGCAAUUCAUUGCAGUGUCGAACCCGGCACCAGCUGUGCUUGUCAAUCUCGGAGACGCGAUGGAACGUUGGAGCAAUGGACUCUUGCCCGCGGCAUAUCAUCGCGUGGGGAAGCCAUCUCCUGUCGACGCUUCCACGGGAGAGAUCCCAGAGCGCUUCUCGGUCAUGUAUUUUGGCAAGCCUGAUCGGGACGCCGGUCUAGCGCCACUAUCGCCAUUCGUAAGCGCCAGCCGACCUGCCAGAUUUGCUCCGGUGACUGGGGACGAACUGAAUCAGGGAACUUUGCUUCGCACAUACGAGCCGAAUCAUCAAGGAAGCGAUGGAAGCGAAGAGUCGGGAUGA